AUGGUGGACCGACAGAGGAGCGAUGGGGCGGACGAGCUGAGAGAACACGACGAUGGGCAGAGCUUGUUGGGCCGCGCGGAUUCAGACGCCGCCACUUGCGGCUGCAUUCCCGUCAUGCGCGCCGUGGCCGCACGGGAUGUCGAGAGGCAUGAUGGCGCCAGCGGCGGCCCACCAGACGGCGGCGCGAGAGACCGCGAAUCGUCUCACGCUCGGACGCCAGAUUUCGAACCCGCUGUUUCAUCAGAUUGCGAGACGCCCGACGACGCGGCGGCUGCAGGAGCAGACAGAGCAUCCGGCAUUUCUGACUCGCCUCUAAGCGCGCGGCUCCCCGCUGUUGCCGCGUCCGCGUGUGCGGAUUCACCGCGCGCGCGACAGCAGCCAUUGGAUGAUCCGCCGAGGAGCGCGGAGAUCGAUGGCUGCACUGUGGGCGUCACUCUUGAGCCGCCUUCACACGAUGCAUCGGUUGCCGCGGAGCCGAAGCCGCCCGUGGCGAAGCUUCCUCGAACGUCCAUUGCCGAGCUCUCAGUCACGACGUACAGCUACAUCAGCCACCGCGCGUUCGUGCGAGGGCUGCUUUGCUCCUGCUGCUCGCGCCACGCGCACACCUGCGCGGCUCGCAUCGGCCGUCGCUGUAACGGGUGCGACUGCAGCAGUGGCAGCAGCACGAGGCACGGCGGCGGCAGUAGCAGCUUGGCGGGAUGGGCGGAAGUGGCGUUGGAUCGACUGAGCAUCGUGGCGCAUCUGACCACUUUCUCCAUCAUCGGGAUUGCCAUUCAGCACGGCAUGGACCUGCUGUUCGGGCCAGAGGUGGCGCAUGUGACGAGCGACGAGCAGGCCAUCUUCAUCGACCUGCCUGCCAACAUGGUUCUUCCGACUCCCUCCCUCCCUCCUCCCUCCCUCCCUCCCUCCCUCCCUCCCUCCCUCCCUCCCUCCCUCCCUCCCCCUCUCUCUCCAAUCGUUCCUUCCUUCCUCUCUCCCAUUCACGCCCUCCCGCAGCUCGGCUGCUUCCUGCUGGGCAUGCUGGGGGUGGUGUUCCUGCCGGCGCUGCUCUCACACUCACGCCACCUGGCCAUAGGGCUGGUGGUGGGGCUGUGUGGGAGCAUCUCCACCUUCGCCACGUGGAACCAGCGCAUGCUCGCCAUCGCCACUGCCGGCCUCUGGGUCCGCGCCCUCUUUGGCUACUUCGCAGGGUCCGUGCUGCCCAUCAUCUCCGUCGUCGUGGGGGCAGACACAGCCCACAACCUCUGCUCUCUCCAUUCCUACCUCUCCUCCCGCUCCAGUUCCCCACACUCCUCACCCGUCCCUUCGCUCCUCCCAACCACCACGUCCACACUCCCUCCCUCCUCCUCUACUCCAACCCCCCACUCGCCCUCACAUCCGCCCUCCCCCUCACACUCCCCCUCCCCCACUCUCUCCCCAUCAUCAUCCGCCCGUCGCCACCUCAUCCCCAUGCUGCUGUGCGCGCUCGGCCUCUGGGGGGCGGCCAUCACGGGGGCGGUGCUCGCCGCCGCACACUGCGCCAGCCUGCAGGCCUUCUUCUUUGCCUGCGCGCUCGCCCCCCUCGGCACGUGCCUGCGCUGGUCCCUGCUGCCCCUCAACGGGGCUGGCCUGGGGAGGUGGAUGGGAGCAGGUGGAGCAGGGGGGGGAAAGGGUGGUGGGAAGGGGGAGGGAGACGCGGGGUUGGUGGCAUGGAUGCCGUGGGGGACCCUUACAGCCAACGUGGGGGCUGCUGCUUUGGAAGCUGCCAUUUCCGUCGCGUAUCUCGCGUUCCACCCUAAGCGAUCCCCUCUCCUCGCGCUUCAAAUGGCUCUUCGCGUUUUCGCAGCCCUCGCGGCGCUCAUCGCAGCGCUCGCCGUCCUUGCUCCCGCUAGUGCCACCACUUACCGCUCCACGUUCAGCGACGGGAUUAACUCCGGCGGCGGCGCGUGCUACUAUGAGGGCAACUUCCGCGACUCGGAAUAUUUCUACAAAGGGCUGACCGCGUACCUGCCCCAAAAUAAGUACGAUGGCGGCAAGGGCUGCGGCACGUGCUACGAGAUCGAGUGCAAGAACCACAAGAGCUGCCGAAGCGGCAGCGUGAUCGUGCGCGCGACAGGCCGGCACGGCGAUGAUCAGUUCCUGCUCGCCUCCACCGCGUGGGACAAAAUCGUCCGCGGCCGCGACGCGGGGAACGUGGAGAUUAAGUUCCGCAGCGUCGACUGCCCGAAGAACGGCGACAUCGGGGUGAAAAUCAUGCCAGGGACGAACCAGUACUGGUUCGCGGUCCAGAUUCUUGGCGCCGCGAAAGCCGGCGGCGUGGAGGGAGUGGAACUAUCGAAGGACGGCAAGAAGUGGAGCAAGUUGAAGCGGCUCGCGGAGAGCGCCACGUGGGCCUUGGAUCCCGCGAAGGAGAUCGUGGAUGCGGGGAAGAAGGUGAGCGUGCGCGUCACGGCGGUGGGCGGCGCGCGCGUGGAGCUGAAGGACGUCAUUCCCGAGAAGUGGACCGUUGGGAACACGUACAAGAGCAGCACCAACUUCUAG